CCCAAUAUAUAUUUUUUUCAUAUAAUUAUAUAUUUUUUUUUUUUGUGAGAUUGUGUCGGUGAAUUUGGAUUUUCUGAUUGUUAUUAUUUUUAUUUCAUUUUUUAAAAAUAAAAGUGGGUUGGAAGAAAUAAUCAACGUGGAGGCUAACCCAGAUGACAAGCAUAGUGGCCAAGUAGCAUGAGAGGCCUCCUCCUCUUCUUCUUCUUCUCCCUAUUCUUUUUCAGUUUUGUUUGGUUUUUUUUCCCCUAAAAACCGAACUUUCUCUUUUUCUCUUCUCUAACCUGGCUCUGGUUCUGGUUCUCGCGUGUCUUCUACUGGUUUAGAUUUUACAUUCUUAUGAAGAUUCAACCACUACCCACUAUUUCUUAGACCCAAAUUCGAACUGGGUCGGUCUCAGAAUCAAGAAAUAUUAACCAGAGAAACAAGAGAGAAGAAAGUAUUAAAGGGGGAGUCUUGCAGUGGAGGCGGAGAUGGAGACAGCUGGACCGCCACCGAGAGAAACGACACGGAAAAGAGCUGGUGGUGGAGGCGGUGGGGGUGGUGGUGUUGGUGGUGGCGGAGAGAGGCAGUACAAGGGGAUAAGGAUGCGGAAGUGGGGCAAGUGGGUCGCCGAGAUUAGAGAACCCAACAAGCGUUCGAGGAUUUGGCUCGGUUCUUACUCCACUGCCGUGGCGGCGGCUCGAGCUUACGAUACGGCUGUGUUUUACCUGAGAGGACCCUCUGCUCGGCUUAAUUUUCCUGAUCUAGCUCAGGAAGGCGGUGGAUGCGGCUGCGCCGCCGACAUGUCGGCGGCUUCAAUUAGAAAGAUGGCAACGGAGGUCGGUGCCAGGGUCGACGCGCACCAAGCCGCUAUACGCCACCACCAUCACCAUCAUCUUCACAAUCACCACCAUCUUCACAAUCACCAUCAUAGCCAGUCGGAUUCAGGCGAAGGCGCCGCCGAGGAGCUGAAACCUAGCACCGGGUUCUUGAACGGGGUCGACUUGAAUAAGAUGCCCGAACCGGAGAACUCGGACGGUGAGUUGGAGUGGGAUAGGAACUCGGAUUAGGCUAAAGAGAAGGAAAAAAAAAGGAGCAGCCUUUUUUGGUUUGCUAACGUGCGCCGAAUGAGGUUAUGUUUUGACGGCUGAAGAAAUGAUGACGCCUUCUUUACUUUCAUUAAUUGAACUUGUAGUUUUCCACUCCCUCUGCUUUCUUUCUUUCUUUACUUUCUUCUAGUUUUUCUUUUUUAAUUUUUUAGUUUUUAGUUUUUUUUGUAUGUCGACCAAGAAAUUUUGGCCUUUGUAAAAAGUGAUAAGAAUGUAAAUUAGCUUCAGCAGAAUUAAGUAUAUUUUCCACCUUUCUUUUUUA